AUGGGCGGACAUGCAAAAGCGGUCUGGCUGUCUGGGAGUCACACUUACUGCCCCUCUGUACAGGUUUUAGCUUCAGCCUUCCGGCCGUUUUGCCGCGUCGAUCGGGGUACUUUCGAGUGGGCUCAUCGGUUAUUAGACCGGGCCUGUGUCCUCCAAACCAGUCUCCAUGUGUCCUGCUCUGGAAUUGUAACGCAGGUUUUACGCCCAGGUGCUCCUUUCGUCACCCCGUUCUUAGCUGCAUCUAGUCUCGUCCUCAUACUACCUUGCACACUCCGUGUAUUGCUCCGACGUCGACCGCAAGCCGUCAUCAAGGAUCACUAUGCGCUCGCUCUACUUGGCAUUGGCCCCCUUGCCUACCACCUGAUCGACCGGGUGUCGGCUUAUAGCUGGGUUCUACUAGGAGUCUGCGCACGGAUUGCUUGGGAUAUUGUCACGUUUUUACAAGCCAUGUGGUCCCACGGGUCGUGGCGCUUCACCCCUCAACGCGCUAUCGCGAGGUCUUUCAAUCGGCUUCUCUGGAUUGACAUCGCGGUUCCUGCGCGGUGGGAUGCACAGCCAGGACAAUAUGUACAGCUCUGGAUGCCCGGCUUGGGUGUACGUUCAUGGCUGCAACUUCCCGCUUUCUACGUGGCUUCUGGAGGGGCAGCGCGGGACGCUACUCGCACAUUACGUUUAGUGGCUCGCUCUCGCGUGACAGCGCAGGCGCUCUUUCCACUCUAUUUUCCCACGAAGGUUUUUGAGUGUUUUGCGGAGGCCUGA